GCCGGCUGAGUUCGGGAGGCGGCGGUCUGUGAGGAGCUGUAGGAGGCCAGAGUCGUCUGCGCCGCGGCAGGCUUCCCCGCCAGUUCAAUGAUCAAGUGCAUCGCGGGCGCACACCCGACGGGUCCGUUUCUGUGCGCGGCUGCGCGGUCGUUGCGCGUCGAAGUGCCGUGUUCCAAAUACGAAUUUUGUUGCUAAGUAUCGCUGAGUGACACGAAUUUAUUUGGCAAUCGAUUUGCGGACGUUAAGCCAGUGCAGUGUUGUUCGGACGUUGCGUUUCCCGGCCCGUUCUGGAUGUGCUUCUAUUGGGGUCGCAAGGAGAGAUGUAAAGCGGACAGUGAGAGUGGCCCCGCUUGAUCGGUUAAGUGUGAUGGACUAGCCUUGCGCCAAGAUGCACACCAUGGACACCAUGGGCUACGGCCACAAGAAGUACCGGCCGCCGAUAUCGCCCACCAACUUCUACCAGCACCAGCAUGACUACUAUUCGCGACAUACGACACUUCGGCCACAGAGUGAAUACCGGUUCGCGGGCGGGGGGUAUCCGCGGGCGAGCAGCGGGGGCGGGCGGAGCAGCGGCUUCUGCUCCGCGGCGCUGGUGGGCGGCGCGCUGCUGGCCGCCUUCGCCGUGCUCGCGGUCGCCGCCCUGGCCUUCUACAUGGGCGCGCUCAGGCCAGAUAAUGGAGAACCAAUGAUGACGUUCGAGGGUUCAUUCCGCGUGACGCGAGGAGACGUGUACGGCGGCGCGCCGGACAGCCCGGCGUGGCGGGAGCGCGCGCGCAGAUACGGCGCGGCGCUGCGGCAGGUCUACGCCGGCCCUUCGCCCCUGCGGCAUGCCUUUGCCGGCGCCCUCGUCACCGGCUUUGGAGACCGACGCCUAGAUGUCCACUUCCGACUUUACUUAGAUAGAAGAAAAAUACCUAGCACCGUAUCCAAUAUAGAAGAAACGCUCAAGAAUGUUCUAGUUCAAGAUCUACUUUCGAAACAUCCAGCUUUUGGACAAACUAUUAAGGUAGACACGACUAGCAUAGUAAUUAAGAGAGAUUUAGAACACACAUAUCAUUCAGAAUCAUACGUAAAGGAAGCCAUGAACGAAAGUAUGGCCACUAGUUAUCCAAAAUCGUUAUCUCCGCAAAAUUCAAAAGACAAAGCUCUACAAAGCAGAAUAGGAGUUGUACGAAAAACUACUGUAAAACCAAACCAAUCUAAUAAAGGAGAAGUUGAGGAACCCGAAAUAGACAUUGAAAAUAUUCCUGUUGUUCAAGGGACAUUUCAGAUAACGAAAACAGAAGCAGAUAUUACGGAGAACAAAAAGAAUUCUAGUCCUGUACGUGGUGGCACUCAUAAACCUGUACCAGUAGCCAAACCAAGUCCAACGACAAGAGCACCAACUACAAGACCACCAACGACAAAACCAACAACGAACAGAAUGACUACGAAACGAAUUUCAACAACCACGCCGAAACCAAGGCCUUUCACUAUAACCUCUACUCUAAAUGUUAAGACAAAAACAGAUGCUACGCCGAAAAGGGACUUUGAUAACAAUUUCAAGAGAUCGACGACCACUUCUUCGACCACCACGUCAACUUCAACCACAGCCCCACUAACAACUACUGUGGAAACGUCUACAAAUAAUGUUUCUCAAAUUUUGCUUGAUCUCUUAACAAACGAAAAUCAUUACAAAGAAUUACCAAAAAUAGAUUCACUAUUUACAGUUCCACAUGUAAUUGAUAACGAACCAUGGAAGCCCAUUACUAGACCGUAUUAUGAAACAACAAGUAAGACCGCACCACCUUCUGAAGAAGUCAUCGAUCAAAACGUGGAAGAUAGAAUAGGCGUUGCAGAGGUGGUUGACGAUGUGUCGGUCUUAGAAAGUAUGCUCACACCUAUACCGCCUGUUAAAAACAGAGAUAGAACUACGCGCAGACCGGGAGUGUACGUUGAUCCCGAUUUGGCUGCUGAUGUUUAUGUUCCGAGUCCCGUUUAUACAAGUUUUACACUUCCUACAUUUGCACCUCCGGUCAAUGGUAUGGAAACUUUAGGCUCCGGUUAUGUAAAGCCUCAUCCUAUUCCAGUAGACAAAAUUAGUUCCGUAGUAGAAGUACCCGCUGAAAUAAGUCCGGAUGAUGAGGAUGAUGGAAAACCGGUUCAAAGGCCUCCUAAAGAUAAAACUACUUCCAUAGUUUUGAAUGUGGCUCAGUCUGAUAAACAAGAUACUAACUUUGAAAAAAUUGCCUUUGAUGGAGCAUCAAUAAUGAAGAAACCCAAUGCCACAACUACUAGCACGACUAGUACUACUAGCACAACUACCUCGACCUCAACAAGUACAACAACUACGUCAAGUACUACAACGAGCUCUUCACCGCCUUCCACAAUCGCAGAGUCUGACAGUUUUGAAAAAAGUGCCAACAAUACAGAACUUUUAGAAGAGCUUAAUAAGAAUUUUACGAAAGAAAUAUCAACAAAACGUCCAAACAAUAAAGUUUCUAUAAUUCCCACUACAAGUGGACCUCUUCAUACAUGGGAAUUAGUAAAUACAUCAACCAAUGAUAAUGAUACAUUUAAUAAGAAUUCGCCUGAGAAAUACUACAAUGAUACAUUACAAGCAAUAAUAACUAAAAAUGAUGCAGUGUUUCCUAACACUACUCCUCGUUUUCAGAACAAAGUGUCUAUAUUAAGAAAUUUAACAGAGAUAAUCAAAAGGUACUCGCAAAAUAGUACGGAAAAACCAAUAAAGGAAACCGAAAGUACUGAAAGGAUAGAAGAUCGGCAGGGCCAUAAUAAAAUGACAGGUUCAGUUGAAGUGGUACUAGAUGACGAAAUACAAAUAACUACUGCUAGUGUGAUCACAUUAUUACCCGCUAAAUCAAAUCUAGGUGUAAACCGCCCAUUAAGACCACGACCUAAAAUAAAAGCAGAAACGCAACCAUCAAAAGAAAGCAUUCGCAGUUUUUUUCGUAACGACCCAGAGACCCAAAAAAUAAUUAAGGAAUUGACUACCGAAAACUAUGUUCAAGUUGUUCAAGUUUCAGAAGAAACUUCGAAAGAGCCUGAGAUUGUCACAUCUUCGUUGGUGUUUGAAACGGACGGAAACGACUCAGACGACAGCAUGGCGUUGGCUACCGUAAGUGAUAAUAUAAAAGUGAAUUCUGAAAACAUCCCUAGCAAGAACCGACUUCCAAAAUCUAGUGAUGAUCUAAAAAAAGCAACCGAUGAAGUUCCUGACGAUGGGAAAUUAGAGACUAACAUCCCUCAAGGAACAUAUCGUGUGUCAUAUCAUGUCACAGGCAGCGUGAGUAGUAAGCAAGCAAAUAAAACACAAAGUCUUCCAGCAUAUGAAUUGGCUUUAGAACCCGAUGUUGUUCUCGAAAUUCCUUAUAAUCAAACCAAUAGCCUAACGAUAGAUAAGCUCAAACAACUUGCAAACCUAGCCACUAUCUCAGAUUCAAAUAACAAUACGUUAUUUCGGUCACCAGGAGGCGUAAUUUCCACUAAGGCAAUUCCAUCUAGUUACACAUUAAAUCAAGCAGGUUUCAAGAUACUGACUAAAACAUACAACAAGCUCCAACCGGGAACAAAACAGGAUGACAACAGUUUGGACAAACCUGAAAAAACUUAUAGUAAACCUUAUAACAAGCCAUUGAAGAAAGAAGAAAAGGAAAUUGUAAAGGAUAUUGUCAAAGAAGAAGAAUGUAGCAACGUGACGUCUUUCCGGUGUGCAUCUGGUGCCUGCUUGCCACUAACAUCUCGAUGUAACCGCUUGAUUGACUGCCCUGGGGGAGAAGACGAACGUGCUUGCACCUGUGCUGACUACCUUCGCGCUGAGUUCUCACAAUCCAAGAUUUGUGACGGCGUAGUUGACUGCUGGGACUAUACAGAUGAAAAUAAAUGUGAAUGGUGCGAAGAUGGACAAUACGUUUGUGCUAACGCUAAACAAUGCAUCGAGAUGUAUCGGGUCUGUGAUGGAACACCUGAUUGUCCUCUCGGUGACGAUGAAAAAAGCUGCGUCGCUCUGGCCGACGAAUUGGAUAACAAUGAAGUGGUACCCUAUAACGAAGAAGGUUUUGUGAUGGUCCGCAAACGCGGAGUUUGGGGUAGGCUUUGCGUGGAAAGCUUUACAGAGGCAGUUCAGCAAGCCCAUAGUCCACUGAAACUUCCAGACCUAGGGAAAGCUGUUUGCCGGGCCCUGACAUAUCAUGACUCUCCUUGGAGCCGCGAAGCUCGCGAGGGUCGCAAAGCCAGCUCUGUUGGCUACUGGGAGGUGUGGCACAACGCCAACGCCCGCUCCUCGGAUACUCGGCUGACGUUCCGCCGCGCCUCGUGUCCGCGUCGCCGAGCGCUGCGCGUGCGCUGCCAGGACCUGGACUGCGGGAUUAGGCCGCAUGCUGACGCUCAGCAGCCAAGGGUGGUGGGCGGCGCGGGCGCGGCGGCGGGCGCGUGGCCGUGGCAGGCGGCGCUGUACAGGGACGGCGACUUCCAGUGCGGCGCUACCUUGAUAUCGCCCCAGUGGCUGAUAUCGGCCAGCCAUUGCUUCUACCAAGCGACUGAAGCGCACUGGGUGGCUCGCUUAGGAGCGCUCCGACGCGGCGCGUGGCCCCGCGGUCCUUGGGAGAGAGUGGCCCGCGUGCGACAAGUCUUGCUCCACCCGCGGUACGCGCCGCGAGGCUUCAGGAACGACAUCGCCAUGCUGAGGAUCGACCCCAUCGCGCUACACGCCAGGUUGCGGCCGGCUUGCUUGCCGCCGUCGAGGGCCCAGCCGCCGGCGGGACACCACUGCACUGUGGUGGGCUGGGGACAGCUGUAUGAGCAUGAGCGUGUCUUCCCGGACACAUUACAAGAGGUGGAGCUGCCAGUGAUCUCGACGGCGGAGUGCCGGCGCCGUACGCGCCUGCUGCCGCUGUACCGCGUGACAGAGGACAUGUUUUGCGCGGGCUAUGAACGAGGCGGCCGCGACGCCUGCUUAGGCGACUCCGGAGGCCCGCUCAUGUGCCAGGAACAGGACAGAUGGUAUAUCUACGGCGUGACCAGCAACGGCUACGGCUGCGCGCGCGCGAACCGGCCCGGCGUCUACACCAAGGUGUCAAACUACAUCGAGUGGAUCGACAGCGUCAUCGCCGCGCACACGCCGCAGCCGCACCAUAACAACACGCAAAGCGACGAGUACGAAUCCGACGACGAAUUCUACGCGGACCUAGAAGCAGCCGAAAACAAAAGAGCGACGAGAAUCGAUACCUGCAAGGGUUAUCGAUGCCCGCUCGGCGAGUGCCUGCCUCCGUCGAGCGUCUGCAACGGCUUCAUCGAGUGCUCGGACGGCAGCGACGAGUGGCAGUGCAGCAAACGCAACUCCUCCAUACACGACCCAGAUUAACGCUAUUCACCACCCCUACGCUACUUAUUAGCCAGUAUGUAGAAUUAGCGUAAAUUCUUUGAAUUCGACUGAUAUUUUGUAAGUAGACAUAAGAAUUGAAUCUCAAGUAGGGUAAAGAAAUUACUGAGAAAAUCCGAUUACUUUUCUACAUGUUUUAAUUGUUAACUUCCCACACAUCGUAAUGCUGGAAAUUUUGCCAUAUCUUAAAGUAACUUUGGGCGUGUACAUAUAGCUUUAAAUUUUGAGGCCCGAACAAUUGUUUACCACUGCAUGUUUAUGUCUAAUCCAACCUAUUUAUUGAAAUUAUAUGGACGACCUUUUCCGUUUGAAUACUCAGCGUUUAUAAAUAUUUCAAAUGGACAAUGUUAGCCAUAAAAAAUAUGAAAUAAAAAUUUAACAUUUUAUUUUUGUGUAUAAGUUAUUUGAAAACCUCUGAUGUCCAAUGAAAAGAAAAAUUUGAUACUUAAAAAUUAGUUUAAUCUCGACAAAUAAAUUAACAAAAUGCAAAUUCGUAAUACAAUAUUAUAUUGUUCAAAUAAUGAUGGCAUAAUAAAAUAAAUAAUAAUUAGAAUGCUUAUUUAGAGACGUCACAAACAACAUAAUUUACGGAAUACAAAUUACACUAAUUCACAUCAUUGACUAAUUAAUACUUCAAUUGAAUUAUGAUAUUUAAAAGAAAUAAAAAAAUAAUGUUAUUCUUAAAUAAUUAUUUAGACAUGAGGUUGCACGAAAUGUUUAGUUACUCAGCGAGUACAGAAAGAGAUAGGGAGAGAAGCUGUCGCAUCAGGCUAAGUGAUGCGAGCGUUGAGAAAGCAAAAAUAUUCA